AUGGUUUCUUCAUCUGAUGCUCCUUCUAAGGAUGAUGGUUCCAGAUCCUCUCCUACUAUUGAUGCUAGCCAUCCUUAUUUUCUUUACCCAUCAGAUUCACCCGGUAUGACUCUCGUCACUUCUGUCUUCGAUGGUUGGGGCUAUGGAGGUUGGAGAAGGUCUCUUCUCAUUGCCCUUUCAACUAAAUAUAAGUUGGGCUUCAUUGAUGGGAGUUGUUCUGCUCCUGCCUUUGAUUCUACCUCUUUCAGCUUGUGGACUCGGUGUAAUGAUAUGAUAACCUCUUGGUUACUCAACUCUCUUUCAAAGGAAAUUGUUGCUAGUGCUCUUUACUCCAAAUCUGCUCAAGCUCUUUGGACAGAUCUUGAGGAUAGGUUUGGCCAAUCCAAUGGGGCUAAACUCUAUCACCUACAAAAGGAAAUAAGUGACUUAAUGCAAGGAUCAAGUGAUAUUGCUGGCUAUUUUACCAAAUUGAAGCUAUUAUGGGAUGAACUUGAUGCUAUUUACACUACUGUUACCUGUUCUUGUGCCUGCACCUGUAGUGGCAAGGUGAAAUUGGUUAAGUCUCUUCAAAAUGAAAGGAGCAACAUCCUGAUGAUGUCCCCUCUCCCCAGCAUCAACAUAGCCUAUUCUUUGUUGGUUCAAGAUGAGAAGCAGAGGGAAGUAUAUGUGAAUCCCCAGUUUCCUGGUGACUUUUCUUCUUUCCUAGCCACACAUCAAAAUAUUUCAGGUCAGAAAUCUCAAUCAUCAGAUUUUAAAGGGAGGAAGAAUAACUUAAUUUGUUCUCAUUGCAAGAAACCAGGCCAUUCAGUUGACAAAUGCUAUCGAAUAAUUGGUUUCCCUUCUGAUUUUAAGUUCACCAAAACUCCUAAGCUUCAUGGAUCUGUCAAGAGCAAUGCUGUUUUGAGUUUUCAUGCACAGCCUACAGGAAACACUGGAGGAAAUCCUAUUACACAAGACCAAUUUUCUCAGUUAAUUCACCUGCUUAACAAUGCACAGCUUGGUCAUACAGGAAGCCCAACCACAAAAGUUAAUGCUAAUGUAGUUCAAUGUGUUGGUAACAUCUUCAACAAUCCUUCUAUUUAUCUCACAUAUGCCAAUACUCAUUCUUGGAUUAUUGAUUCAGGGGCUUCUGAACAUAUGUCUUAUGAUACUAAGUUCUUUGCCACUCUUUCUCCUCUACCUACUCCAUUGUUCAUUAACUUACCUAAUUCCUUUAGAGUUAGGGAUCAAUCUCAUUUCUGUCAACAAGUUUUGCACUCAGUUCCAUUGUCUUCUAAUGUUUUCUUCCACUAA